AUGGUCAACAUGAGGUUACAUGGAUCAAUUACUUCGAAAUCUGGGAUCAAAGCACUUGCUAGGCUGGGUUGCCGGGUGGGCAUUUUGGGAAAUAUAAGAACGCAAUAUAUAAGGAUUGGAAGUCUCUUCACGGCAGCUUCAAACGCUUCACGCCAAACUCGAACCCUUCUCACUCAGUCCUAUGCCCAAGGUCCAACUGCGCCCGCUCUUCUCACACAAACCAUCCCCGAACAUUUCUCCUCAAUUGUCAAAGAACAUGGCGAUCGUCUCGCUAUCAUAUCUCGCGCCCAAGGGCCAAUUGGUCGACUUACAUACCGAGAACUAGAUGAACGAAGCACCGCGCUUGCUUAUGGUCUGAGGGAAAGGGGUGUUCAGAAGGGAGAUAGGGUCGCUGUGAGUUUGGGUAAUAAUUGGGAGUUUGCGACGAUCACUUAUGCGCUAUUCAAAUUGGGUGCUAUAUUGGUUCCUUUGAAUCCAGCUUUCAACUCACUGCAGGUCAUUGCUGCACUUUCUCAUCUCGAAGCAGCUCAUCUUGUGAUUGGGGCAGAGACAAAUCUUGCAUUCAAAUCACCGAGAGAGAAUAUCACACUGUUAGAAGCUAUAGUGCCAAAUCUUGUUGCUUCAAAGAUUGCGUCGGCAUCAGUCCCAUCACUCAGGAACAUAAUUAUUGUGGAUAACUCAUCAGGGAGGAUAGACACAUCUUCUCUGACAGCAACUACACCAUUUCAAGAGCUCAUGGCAUCUCAGUCAUCAACAAAAGAAGUCAUCCCAGAUACACCACUCUCCAAGGAUGAAGUAGUAAACAUACAAUUCACAUCCGGCACAACCUCUCUUCCGAAAGCCGCAUCGCUCUCCCACCACAGUAUUCUUAACAAUGGUCACCAAAUUGGUAGCCGCAUGGGCUUAAUACCCACUGACAUAGUAUGCUGUCCUCCGCCCUUAUUUCACUGCUUUGGCUGUAUAUUAGGGUACAUGGCAACCGCUACUCAUGGCUCAGCAAUCCUCUUUCCCACUGAAGCAUUCAAUCCGACAGCAACUCUCAAAUCCAUCCAGGCUGAAAAAGCAACUACACUAUACGGUGUAACCACGAUGUUCGUAGCCGAAUUGGAACUUCUCUCCUCGGGUGCUAUCUCAAGAGAAGGAUUCGAACACUUACGCACUGGAAUUGCAGCAGGAAGUUCGGUUCCGAGUAACUUGAUGGCCAAACUCCACAAAGAGUUGAAUCUCACCGGCCUUACUAUAUGCUAUGGUAUGACCGAAACAGCACCCGUGUCAUUUAUGACCUUUCCCGACGAUCCUCUUCAAAAACGUCUCGAUUCAGUCGGACGACUUCUUCCUCAUGUAACCGCCAAAAUUACUUCUACAAGCUCUCGAUCUACAAUCCUUCCCAUCGGCGAACGCGGCGAACUCGCUGUUUCAGGUUACAACGUUAUGAAAGGAUAUUGGAACGACAAAAUCCGUACCGAGGAAGUCCGGGUCCUUGAAGAUGAUGGACAGGUAUGGAUGUACACCGGCGAUGAAGCGGAAAUGGACGCCGAUGGCUACGUUAAAAUCACCGGGAGAAUCAAAGAUUUAAUUAUUCGAGGCGGUGAAAACAUCCACCCUCUCGAGAUCGAAAACGUACUUUUCAAACACGACCACAUCAGCGAAGUCUCGGUCGCCGGCAUUCCAGAUGAGCGAUACGGUGAAGCAGUCGCAGCGUUUAUAGUUGUUCAUCAGAAUGUGAAGGUUGGUAUUGAUGAUGCUGGGAAUGGCGAUUGUGAAAUUGAUGUUAAAGGUUUGAAGACUGAGAAUAGCGAGAAGAUCCUUACAAAAGAGAUGGUUAGGGAGUUUGGAGUACCCAAAGACGGCGAGUGGGAAAAUUCAGAAGUUUAG